AUGGACCGUUGUGCUUAUCACCGCAAAUUCUUGUUGCAUCGAUUGGAGAACAUAGAAGAAGAGGAGCCUGCUAGUUGGCUCCCAAUGUCUUCUUCGUUGCCUCCUCCAGAGACUCCCACAGAACCCAUGGAGUUUCUUGCCCGUUCAUGGAGCCUAUCUGCCUUGGAGCUAUCAAGAGCUCUUGGUGACUCCUUUCCUCAAUCUCUUGGCACCAGUGGUACUUCCUGUUCUAUGAAUUUGAAGAAGAGGGACACAAGUUCGACCGCAUCAAUUGAUGGACAUGUAAUUCAAUCACCAGCAGCUGCGGAAUUAUACGGAGGCAUCCCUCCCCUUAGUACAAAAGAGACUGAAGACAUAAAGGAAUCGCUUGUACGGCAUCAAGCACUGGAUCCAGAAUUUCUGUUGAAGCAACGCUUGAUUGGGAAUGGGCUAUACAAAAGUGUCACAGGAGGUAAGACGAUGGGAAGAUGGAUGAAAGAUCAAAAAGAGAAGAAAAAGGAGGAGAUUAGAACCCACAACGCCCAACUACAUGCAGCCACAUCAGUGGCCGGGGUUGCAGCUGCAGUUGCUGCCAUUAUUGCAGCCACUGCCACAUUAUCAGACACAUCAGCAGCCCCAGAAGAUGGGCCUUCCAAAACAUCAGCAGCCAUCGCAACAGCCGCAGCAUUGGUAGCAACACAUUGUGUUGAGAUAGCUGAGGAAAUGGGUGCAGAUCGCGAUCAGAUCUUGACAGCCAUCAACUCCGCAGUGAAUGUGAAGACAUCGGGAGACAUCAUGACCCUAACUGCUGGGGCAGCAACUGCCUUGCGAGGUGCUGCAGCUCUACGAGCACGACUUCACAAGGGGCUACAGACAGCAGUCGUGGGUCCAAGUGAGGAAUCAACUGGCGAAGAAAGACAAUCUGAGAUCUGCACAGCGUUGAAAUUUGUCACCAAAGGGGGAGAGCUUCUCAAACGCACAAGGAAAGGCGCUCUUCAUUGGAAGCAAGUUUCUCUCUGCAUCAACUCCAAUUGGCAGGUGGUCAUUAAAAUGAAAAGCAAGCACAUGGUUGGGACUUUUGUGAAAAAGAAAAAGAGUGUUGUCUUCAAUGUUAUUUGUGAUAUCCCAACAUGGGCUGCUAGAGAUGGAGAAGAGGGCAGUGAGCACAGAGCCUACUUUGCGAUCAAAACAGCCGACAGGUUAAUUGAAUUUGAAUGCAGAAAUGAGCGCGAGAAAAAGAUGUGGACCGAAGGCAUUCUGCAGAUGCUGCAUUACCGUGCCCACAUGAAUAAUAUGUUUUCACUGUAAAUAAGAGGUUCUUUACCAUAUGCAUAUAUAGAGACUACAAGCCAUUUGUUAAUAGACACUUCAUUUUCUUGCA